UAUUGGCGCCAAAAUUGCAUUUCGUGUCUUUUGCCACCAUGGAAGCCAUGAGAUUUGUCUCAAAAUUUAAAUAGUAGUACUUUUACUUAAAAUAUGAUCAUACAAAAAAUUCAAGAAGUUUUGAAUAGAGUUUAAAACAAUUAUUGUAAUAAUACACACGCACACACCAAAAUAAAGAAAAAAUGAAACCGAAGGUGAAGAAAGUAUAUGCUGGUAAAUCGAAAGCAAAGAACAAAAGUUCGCUAACUAAUAAGAAGUGUUCAGAAGCAAUUUGUUUUUUACCUCUUAGUACUAAUCAAAAUAGUCCUGAAAAGUUAAAAGAUAUAAUAAGUAACUUUGACUAUUGUAUUGCAAAACUACCACCAAUAGACUCGUAUCUUGUUGGAGAUGUUUUUUGGGCAAAAAUUCCAGGUCAUAAUUGGUGGCCCUCUAUGAUAUCUUAUGAUCCUAUUACUGCAGUAUUUUGUCAAAUGGAAAGAAAUUCUAUCAAGUAUCAUGUUCAGUUUUUUGGCGAUACACCUACAAGAGGCUGGGUUUCUAAAACAAAUCUCAUGGAUUUCAGUGGUUUGGAUGCAUUUUUAUCACUUCCGAAAAGUUUAGGAACGUUGAAAUUUUCUAGUUCUUCUGUAAAAGAGUCUUGGAGCCAUGCUGUUAUUCAAGCUCAAAGUGCUCUAUCUUUAGAUAGAAAGCAAAGGAAAAUUAUAUGUACUUAUAGCUAUAAAAAUAAUUUGACUCUUAAUAACAAAGUUAAGAUAUCAAAUAAAGUAAAGUCUCCUAAAAUUGCAACAGAGGAGUCUUUCUACAUAAACAAGAAAUCUUGUACUCUAAAAAGCAAUGCUUCAAAUUAUGAUUCAAAAUUAACAAAUUGUUCUCAAAAAAAUGUUAAUAGUAUUAAAUUAUUGAAUGGCAGUUGCAAAGAUAGUUCAAAAGUAGUUUUAAAAGAAGUUCCAUUAAAUGCUGUUUCCAUGGAUAUUAUUGAAGCCAAGCGAACUCGUAAAAAAAGAGCAUUUCAAGAUUUCCAUACUGAAUCAAGUUAUAAUGAAGAAAAUAAACUUAAAAAAAAAGGAAAAGGUAAAAUUGAAAAGUUAAAAGCAGACAUUAAUGGUUGGUCAGAAAAAGAAAACCUUUCUUCAGAGGAAUUAAAGAAAGAAUCCUUCAAAAAAUCACCAUAUGAACCUAUAUCUUCAACUCUAAAAUCACCUCAGGAUUACUGCAUGAUAAAUUCUUUAGCUGAAAAAACUACAAGCAAAAAACUUAAUUUGAAGAAAAGAAAAACUGAAAAAAAUAUUACAGUAAAUAAAGGAAAAGUUAAUGUAGAGGUUAUUAAUAAUGCAGCAAAUAAUGAUGCAGCUCCAAGUAAAAAACGAAAAUUGACAUCUAUUGAAGUUUUGAAAACUGAAAAGAAUAAUAAACUAGAAUUGACUUUUCCAUCAAAAGUAGUGCCAACAACAAUAUCAACAAGUGCUAUGGAUAUAAAUCAAGUUAAAUUAGAUCCAGAGUUAAGUGAAUUAUGGCCAAACCUAAAAAAAGAUUUAUAUUGCUGCAUUUGUGAAGGAAGUGAAGGUCAAUUAAUAACUUGUCAAGGAAGUUGUUUUAACUCAUUUCAUUUUGAUUGCUUAGGUGUAAGUUGUAUCAAGACCAGUUUUACAUGUGACGAAUGCUUAUCUAAUAAUCAUUGUUGUUUCUUUUGCAAAAAACCCGGGGCUAUUUUAAAAUGCUCUCAUAAUAUGUGCGGAAAGCAUUAUCAUCAAGAUUGUUUGAUAAAAAUUCCUGUUAUCAAAUCUAAUGUUAAUGAAAAUAAUGCAAAUAAGUUUAUUUGUCCAUUACAUAACUGUAGGCUUUGUUCAGAAAAAGCCAGCAAAGGUAAUUUAACGAAGUUGUUAAAAUGUAUUCGAUGUCCAACAGCAUAUCAUCAAAGUAGUUGUCUUGUUGCUGGUUGUACAAUAAUAACUAGUAAUAAUAUGAUUUGCGAUUGUCAUUUUGAGCCCCAAAAGAACAACACACUACACUCAAAUAUCAAUGUGACUUGGUGUUUUAUAUGUUCUCAAGGAGGAUCUUUAGUUUGCUGUGAUACUUGUCCUGCAUCUUUUCAUGUUGAAUGCUAUGAAGAUUUAAAAGAAAUUCCAGAAAAUUCAUGGCAGUGCAAUGAUUGUCUUCAAAGAAAAAAACCUAUUUACAAUGAUAUUGUUUGGGUAAAAUAUGGUGUUUACAGGUGGUGGCCUGCCAAAAUAUGUAUUCCCAGUGAAAUACCUGAAAGAAUUUUAAAAAUACCUCACAUCAUUGGUCAAUUUCCAGUAAUGUUUUUUGGUUCCAAAGAUUAUUCUUGGGUUCAUUCUGGAAGAGUGUUCAAAUAUCAGGAUGGUGAUAAAGGCGGAAAUAGUGCUGGAAAGUUAAGUGUAUCUCUUGCAAAUUAUUUUAAAAAAGCAGUUGAAGAAGCUAGAGAAGCAUUUGCAGAGCUUGAAAAGCAGCGUGCUGAAGUCUCUGAAAUAUUAGGACGUAAAAUCACUAACAAGCCGCAACCAUUUAAAUUAAUUAAAAGUAAUAAACCAGUAUCUUGCAUAAGAAAUAUACUUGAUCAAUCUGAGUGGCCUGUUUGUGAAUGCUCUAAAGAAACAUUUUGUUCUUCAGACUCUGAAUGUUUAAAUAGAAUGCUGCUGUUUGAAUGCAAUGCAAAGACUUGUCCAGCUGGAAAUUUAUGCCAAAAUCAGCAAAUACAAAAAAAUGAAUCCAAGAAGUGUCACCCUUUUAAAUGUGAGGGCAGAGGAUGGGGUUUGAUGGCAGAUACAGAUAUUAAACAGGGAGAAUUUGUUAUUGAGUAUGUUGGUGAGCUCAUUGAUGAGGAGACAUGUCAUAGACGUGUGCGUGAAUAUCACGAGAAAGAUAUUUUUGAUUAUUACUUUCUUACCAUCGACAAGGAUAAUAUCAUUGAUGCAUAUCCUAAAGGUAAUAUGUCUCGCUUUAUGAACCACAGUUGCAACCCAAAUUGUGAAACACAAAAGUGGACUGUUAAUGGAGAGAUUCGUGUUGCUUUAUUUGCUACAAGAGAUAUAAAAAUGGGCGAAGAAUUGUGUUUCAAUUACAAUCUCGACUCUCUCGGUAAUGAUAAAAAACAAUGUAAAUGCGGUGCUGUCAAUUGUAGUGGAUUUUUGGGUGUUCCACCAAAGACUCAGCAUUCUAUGGCAAUAGCAGAUAAAGGGAAAUUAAAGAAAAAGAAAAUAAAGAAGCAACAGAAGAUUGUACAUGAUAAUGAUUGCUUCGUUUGUGGAGAUGGAGGAGAAUUAAUUAUGUGUAGUCGUAACAAAUGCAGCAAAACAUACCACAUUAAAUGUCUAAAACUGGAUAAACGACCGUACGGAAGAUGGGAAUGUCCCUGGCACUACUGUGAUGUGUGUGGUAAGCUAGCAAAAUCUCUGUGUGUUUUAUGUCCAAAUUCAUAUUGUGAUAAUCAUUCUGAAAAUGACAUUAUUUUAAUGAAUAAACAUUUUUUCUGCAUUGACCAUGAGGAAAAAGAGAUAUCAGUUUUUUUUGCUUCCAAAGAAGAUGAUAACAGUGUAAAGCCAAAGUUUGAUUUUUCAAAAGUAUGUGACCUAAAAGGUACAGACACGCCGACUCAAGUAUCCGACGUCGAGUAUCGCAGUAAUUUAAAACCUCAGCAGGAAAAACCUUUUAAGAAGCCUAUCAGUAAAAAAAGUAAAUUAAUAAAUAAAAAAAAAUCAAUAAAAACAAUAAAUAAGAAAUCGAAUAAUACACGUGUAGUGAAGAAAAACGACAAGAAACCUAAACUCGCUUUAAUUAAAAAGUCUGGAGCAAAGACUAGAAAGAAAUAAAAUAGGGAUUAAAACAAUUUUUAUUAUAAAAUUUUGGUGUGUUUUUGUGUGUGUGUAUGUCUUCUUUUUUUAUUAAUUUUUUCUAAAAGUAAUUUCUAAUAGUAUUUGAUCUUUACAUUGAAGGAUGUUGAAUGAAUGUAUUAUUGCUAUUUAGAUUAUGUAGUCAAUUUUACUUAAUGGAUUAGGUUUUUAAUUUCAAAAUUGUUCUACGCAUUUUUUUAAAUAAAAAAUGUUCUAGCUUAUUCUAAGUA